AUGGUCACGAAACGGUGUAAAAAGCUCCAAGGAAAAUACCUCACUAUCAUCUCCCAUGUGUCUCGUGUUAAGCUUCACUGCCGCUAUGUAGUGAACAUAAUCAUCACUGUGGCUGUAAUUGCACUGUCCGUUGCUUUGUUAUUGUCAAUGAGAAAGGAAAAAACAGGUACUACAAACCCUGAAGCUGGUCGUGCCAAUUGCCCAAGAGACUGGAUUGGAUUUGGAAGUAAAUGUUUUUAUUUUUCUGAAGUCACAAGUAACUGGACAUCCAGCCAGACCUCCUGCAUGACACGAAAGGCCCAUCUAGCUCGAUUUGACAGCCUGGAGGAGCUGGAUUUCCUAAAGAGACACAAGAAUGAUUCUGCCCGCUGGAUUGGCCUGCACAGGAAGUCAUCAAAGCAUUCUUGGAGGUGGACAGACAACACUAAAUAUAACAACUUGGUUCCCAUCCGAGGAGAAGGAGAACGUGCCUACCUGAGUGACAGAGGGAUCAGCAGUGGCAGAGACCACAUGGAAGUGGAUUUGUUGCAAGCCCAAGAGCUAAACUUUAUAGUGCCCAGAAGUUUCAUAGCUUAUGUCAAAGCAAUCAUGAGAGACCUGUAACAUGUUAUCUACUGUCACUGACUCAUUUCUUUAUCUUCUAAAAUUAUCAAAAUCAAUUCAUAAUCUGUGGUGAUAUCCAAGACGAAAACCAUCAUAGACAACUAUACUUAUGGGUGUUUUGGAGUCUAUGAGAGAUUCUAAAUUAAUUUCAGUGCUUUGGUAUGAGUUGGUACUCAUAUCUUAAACGUGAAUAGCAAUCCUGUCAGCAUUAGUGACCUCCACUUUUAUGACCAGAUAUGAUUUUUUCCAUUAGUUCUUCCUUUGAAUGACUGAGACCUUAAAAAAAUGAAGGGAGGACAGGGUUGAGCCAAGAUGGCUGCAGCACACAUGGCUGCUGUAGAGGGCUGGAGGGGGAGGCUUCCUUCUGCACCCUUCCCCCACAGCUCUGGGUAUCCUGCCCCAGGCCACAUCACUGCUCUGCAGCCACCAAGGAGGAGCCUCACACACUAAUGCCUCAGCCUCUGCACCCCAAGCCAAAGCCCGAGUGGUGUCCUGCUGUUCGAAAAUCAGGGAAGAGUGUCAGAGAGAAUGGUUGUAUCUCUGGUAAAUGUGCCCUGGCAUGUCUGGAGUAUCUGUUGUCAGAUCCUUUUAAAAAAUGUUUGAAGAUCAAUUGAAGAUGGUGGUUCUUAGGGUGGGUUCUUGGUUCCAACUUGAGACACCACUGCUGUGGAACUGCCCUUGGGACACAGGUACAAUGGUCAGCAAGAAGGCUUUCACUGAGGACAGAGAGAUGUGCAGAGGCCUUGAGAUCUAGUGGGUCCUGCCUCAGAUACCCUGCCCAGCCAAAAGAUCACCCUGUCUCUGAGCAACCACAGGAUAACCCAGACCAGUCUCAGUGAUAGUCUACAAUCACCCUGGCUCUGAGCAACAUCAGGAUGUCUGUGAUGGAGAACAGUUCAUUUUCUAGAUUGGGCUUCCUCAGGAAACCUGGCACUGGCAGAGUUGUAAGCAGCAGCCUGGGUCUCUCACAGGCUCUGCCCCCUAAUGCACUACCCAGCUCCACGACCACCCUGAAUCUGAGCAAUGGUGGGAUGUCCAAGAUGGAGAAUGGUUCAUUUUCUGGAUUGGGCCUUCUCAAAAAAUCUCUGUGAUGUGUGCUGCCACCAGACUCCAUGGUGCUUUACGUGGUCCGUGCUACAGCUGGGGCUCUUCUGGUGUCAUGGUUCUGUGAGCAGUUGCAGGCUGUGUUGAUAUCCAUGUACCAUGUUGUUACUGGAGAUCAUAUCGAUGUCCCUGGUCUGUGUUCCUGCCUGGGGCCGUGUUGAUGUUCAUGGUCUGUGCUGCUCCCUGAGGCCAUGCUCCUGUCCACAGUCUGAGAUGCUGCUGGGGGCCAUGUAGUUUAGCAUGGUUCCUGUUACCAGUAGGGGCCCUGUCGGCCUCUGUGGUCUGUGCUACCACUGGUGGCCAUGUUGAUAUUCAUGGUUUGGCCCAUGUUCUGUGCUGCCACAGUUGACAUCAAGCCAUGUUGGCAUCCCUUUUUCAUGAUGCUACUGGGAGACAUGCUGAUGUUAGUGAUUUUUGCUACUUCCAGAGGCCUUUGUUGAUGCCCACAGUCUAUGUUGCCAUUGGAGCCCAAGUUGGUGCCCCUGGUCUGAGCUACCCCUCUAGGCGUUGUCUGAUGUCUGUGGUCUGUGUUGCCAAUAGAGGCCAUGUUGGUAUCCCUGAUCUGUGAUUCAGUCUUAGACCAUGUUGAUAUUCUUGGUCCAUACUUCCUCCAGAAGACAAGUGGAUAUCCUUGACCUUAACUGCUGUCUGAGGCCAUGUAGAUGUUCAUUGUUCAUGCUUCUGCUGAAGGCAGUGUUAUGUCGGUGAUCUAUGCUGCAUACUGAGGUUAUGUUGAUAUCUGUGGUCCAUCCUGCCACUGGGGCCCAUGUAGGUGUCUGCGGUUCUUGUUACUGCCUGAGGCCAUGUUGAUUUUAGCUGCCUUUGAAUCCAUCUCCCAAGUCACUACCCAGAGUAACUCAGAGAAGAUUCUCAAGAGUGAGGAUAGAAAGAUUUCUAUAAUAACUUCACACACAGUCUGGUCAGGUCAUGUUCUUUAUUCUUCUUCAGCUCUAAUUUUCUUUACAGCUUUAAUUCUUCCUAGUUCUAAUUCCUUCUAAGUUCUAAUUCUUUCUAGUUCUCCUCUGUUCUGCACAGCUAUAUACAUAUUUUUUCAGGAGGCUUUUUUUCAAUAACAAAAGGAGUUACAUAGCUACCUCUGAAGGUCAUAGCACAUUCCUUGAGUAAACAUUGCAACCAAGGCAACUCAAUGUUCCAAGGUUCCUUGUGUAUCAACUAUGACCUGAGGCCAGGGCACAGUGCCUGGUGAGACAGGCUGCUGAGAGAUCUGCACAGGGAGUCAGGUCUUUAUUGACUGGACUUGGCAAGUGAAGAAUUGACAUAGUAUUUGAGUCUUUGUGUUGAUAAGCAGCACUUGGGAGGCAGAGGCAGGCAGAUAUCUGUGAGUUCGA